AUGGUAGGCGACAUUAGGAUCGACCCUGAUGCAACAACUGUUUACUACGUUAUCCCACCAAAGACAGACGCAAUCCUCAUUGCCGGCGACGACACCGAUAACACUACUACUACAACAUCGUCGUCAUGGACCAUAAAGCCUUACGCAAGAACUGACGAUGCGUCGGCCAUGGCGCUAGUAUCAGAAUGGUCAGUGAAAAUGGUGUCGCCAGCUGGAAAUGAUCACCAACAUUUGCCAAACUGUACUCAGGUUCAUGAUCCCCCGGGAGUCUUCUUUUCUCUCGGAGGAUAUUCUGGGAACCACUAUCAUGGCUUCGCCGAUGUUCUCAUCCCACUCUUCGUCACAUCUCGCCCUUUCGACCGCCAAGUCGAGCUCUUGGUAAUCGACACCCAGCCAUGGAUGGUGAACAAGGUCAAAACGAUCAUGCAAGCCCUAUCGAGGUUCGUCGCUUUUUCUUUUUGUCACUUCAGGUACGACGAGGUAGAUAUCGACAGGUCAAAACAAGAUGGCAAAAUCCACUGCUUCUCGAGGCUAGUAAUCGGUCUAAAAGGGCGGGGCAGAAAAGAAUUAGGUAUCAGCCCGUUAGAGACCGAUUACACGAUGAAAGACUUCAGACAGUUCCUAAGAAGUUCCUACUCAUUGAGAAAGACAAGAGCAAUCAAGUUGCGAAUCGACAAUGACGAUGAUGGGGACAAGAAGAAUCCGAUGAUGAACAAUCCUCAACUCAUCAUCAUUUCCCGGAAGGGUUCUCGAGCUUUCACCAACGUGAAUGAGAUAGCGGGAAUGGCGACCAAGCUAGGAUACUACGUAAAAGUGGUGGAACCUGACGACAAGACCAUGUCGGAGUCGGCGGAGAUGAUGAAUUCUUGUGACGUGGUGGUGGGAGUUCACGGCGCCGGGCUGACCAACAUGGUGUUCCUCCCGGACAAUGCGGUCGUGGUCCAGGUGAUUCCGCUGGCUUUAGAUUGGUCGGCAAAGAUAUACUACGAGGAGCCGACCAAGGAGAUGAAUUUGAGGUAUCUGCAGUACAAGAUCAAGAAAGAAGAGAGCAGUUUGAUAGGGCGAUACUCGCCUGAUCAUGUGGUGUUUACUACUCCUUGGUCGUUCAAGUGGGAGGAAUUCAGGUCCAUUUACAUGCAGAACCAAAAUGUGACAGUGGACCUUAGAAGGUUUAGACCAACGUUAGUGAAAGCUCUAGAACUUUUGCAUGAUUGA